GUGAAGAAACCAAGACGCAGAGAGGCCAAGCCCCUUGCCUUGGGUCACAAAGCCAAAGGAGGCAGAGCCAGAACUCACAACCAGAUCCAGAGGCAACAGGGACAUGGCCACCUGGGACGAAAAGAGUCUCACUCUGUUGCCCACGCUGGAGAACAUGGCUUACUGCAGCCUCGACCUCCCAAGCUCAAGCACUCCUCCUGCCUCAGCCUCCCAAGUAGCUGGGACUACAGGCAGUCACCCGCAGGGCCAAGGUGGCUCCCGCUGAGAGGAUGAGCAAGUUCUUAAGGCACUUCACGGUCGUGGGGGACGACUACCAUGCCUGGAACAUCAACUACAAGAAAUGGGAGAAUGAAGAGGAUGAGGAGGAGGAGGAGCAGCAACCACCCACACCAGCCUCAGGCGAGGAAGGCAGAGCUGCAGCCCCUGACGCUGCGCCUGCCCCUGGCCCCGCGCCCAGGGCCCCCCUUGACUUCAGGGGCACGUUGAGGAAACUGUUCAGCUCCCACAGGUUUCAGGUCAUCAUCAUCUGCUUGGUGGUUCUGGAUGCCCUCCUGGUGCUUGCUGAGCUCAUCCUGGACCUGAAGAUCAUCGAGCCCGACAAGAAUGACUAUGCUGCCAGGGUAUUCCACUACAUGAGCAUCACCAUCUUGGCCUUUUUUAUGAUGGAGAUUAUCUUUAAGUUAUUUGUCUUCCGCCUGGAGUUCUUUCACCACAAGUUUGAGAUCCUGGAUGCCAUCGUGGUGGUGGUCUCAUUCGUCCUCGAUCUUGUCCUCCUGUUCCAGAAGCACGAGUUUGAGGCUCUGGGCCUGCUGAUUCUGCUUCGGCUGUGGCGGGUGGCCCGGAUCAUCAAUGGGAUUAUCAUCUCGGUUAAGACACGUUCAGAACGGCAACUCUUAAGGUUAAAACAGAUGAAUGUACAAUUGGCCGCCAAGAUUCAACACCUUGAGUUCAGCUGCUCUGAGAAGGAACAAGAAAUUGAAAGACUUAACAAGCUAUUGCGACAGCAUGGACUUGUUGGGGAAGUGAACUAGACUCGGACCAGCUCCCCUCAAAGAGAAGACACUGCCUCAUGGGCCUGUGCUGUCACAAGAGGAACAGCUGCCCCUCCUGGGCCGCCUGGUGAGAGGUUUGGUUUGAUGCCUCUGCCUCCCUCCUGCCAGCAUGGAUUCUGGGUGGACACAGCCUUGUGGAAGUCCAGUACCACCAAGAGCUGCCCAUCCAUUCCCACCCCGCACUGUAUCAAAUGUAUCACAUUUUCUCAUGUUGAACACUUUAGCCUUGCUUGAAAAUGAGCAACAAAGCUGGACAAUUGCUAGUUGUAUAUAAAAUUUAAUCUCACCGAAUGUACAGUUUUCAAAUUUCACAUGUAUAUUAAGGAACUGAUGCAUCUGAGCAUUCUGAAAGAAAGAAAAAGAAGCUACUUUAGCUGCCACCCCAUUCUAGAAAAGGCUCUUAUUUUCAAGCUGUUCUAAAUAGCUUCCCUUGUCUCGGUUUCCCCAAAAGGGGUACCCAGGCCCCUCCUCUGUGUGCCCCAGCUGCAUCAGCCAGCUUCUAGGUGGCUCCAUUGCGUUCUGCCACCUGACAACAUUUUUCCUCAAUUACUGUACAAUUACUGUAUAAAAUAAACCUCUCUUUCCCCUGGA